GGGACCGAGCGUAACGACUUUCCGACUUCCCUCUCUGCUCUUGGGAUAUUGUUUCUCAGGGAUGGCCGCAUCUAUUCUGGAGGAAGAAGCACGCUACGGCUCCAGCCCCCUGGCCAUGCUCACCGCCACCUGCAACAAGUUCGGCAGCAACGGCAGCCCGGUAAGAGACUCCGCCACUCCCGGUAAGCCGGUCAGCUCAGCCCCCGGUAAGAAGCCCUACGCCAUGACCUCCGACCUCCAGGCCCCUAAGAGUGGGAGGGGCGGCGACGGUCUCACAGACUCCUCCUACACGGCCUCCUUCGGGGGUGGCGGUGGCCUCCUCACCCCCUCCGGGAGCCCCCCUCUCUCGGCCGGGGGCUACGCCCCAGAGUACAACCCCUUCUCCCACUCCUUCCAGACCGGGGGCUCCCAGGACCCCUCCCUGCUGGUCUCCAAGCCUCACGCCACAGCCGACUGCCUGACCAGCGUGUACACCUCCCUGGACAUGACACACCCUUACGGCUCCUGGUACAAGGCCGGCAUCCACCCAGGCAUCACGGCCGCCCCCGCCAACCCCACCUCAUCCUGGUGGGACGUCCACCCCAACUCCAACUGGCUGAGCCCCGGCCAGGCCCAGUCGGAUGGCCUCCAGGCCUCCCUCCAGCCCGUGGCUCCCCAGGGCUCCCUCAGCCCCCAGCUGCCGAGCUACACCUCUGACUUCACACCCCUGAACCCGGCCCCCUACCCGUCGGUGGGGCUGGGCUCCUCCUCACACCUGCUCCAGCCCUCCCAGCACAUGCUGCAACAGGACAUCUACAAACCCAAGCCGGGGGGCGGCGGGGGGGGCCUCCUGGAGGGGUCGAUGGGGCUGAAGCCCGGCCGGGGGGCUGGGGGCUACGGGGGAGGGGGGGCUCCCACCAGAUCCUCCUGCGACUGCCCCAACUGCCAGGAGCUGGAACGGAUGGGGGCGUCGGCCGCCUCGCUGCGGAAGAAGCCGGUCCACAGCUGUCACAUCCCGGGCUGCGGGAAGGUGUACGGCAAGGCCUCGCACCUGAAGGCUCACCUGCGCUGGCACACGGGCGAGAGGCCCUUCGUCUGCAACUGGCUGUUCUGCGGGAAGCGCUUCACCCGCUCCGACGAGCUGGAGAGGCACGUGCGCACGCACACGCGCGAGAAGAAGUUCACCUGCCUGCUGUGCAACAAGCGCUUCACUCGCAGCGACCACCUCAGUAAGCACCAGAAGACCCACGCGGAUGCCCCACUGCAGGGGAAGAUGGGAUUGGUGGGAGGGGAGGGAGAGGCGGACCCUCGAGGGGAGGAGCCUACUGACGGCUCCUCUGCUGGACCAACCGGCGCUGUCCCUGACGCCUCCACCAAUGGGGAGGAGGGAGGGAAGACUGGCUCAGCCAAUGGGGUGGAGAGCAGCAGUGGCCUGCUGGAGAUCUAGGCUGUUGAUUGGUUUGUUUUCGGCCAGUUUUUUUGCUGGAAUGCGACGUUCCGGGUAAAAUAAAUAGUAAACAAACAAACAGUUACGAGGGCUUGUUUACUAAGGAUAGAUUUUCAUUUGUUUGCAAUCAGUGCCAGGAUAUCAUGUUGGUUAUGAAAUAUACAGUCUGUGGACCACGCUCGUGCUACCACACGCAAGCACACACACACACACAUUAUUUUUCUUAUUUUUCUGUGAGACAAACCACUAGUGAAACUGAAUCUGCAGAGGGAAGCAGCAGGAUGAGUUGGGACUGGUGCUACGUACUGCAGAAUCAUUCAUACACAAUGUCUGUUAUUGUUAUAACAACGUUAUUAUUUGGUAGCAAAAUGGGUCCUUUUGAUACUGCAUGAGUUUGGUUGCCAAAAGUGGAUAUGAAGAUGCUGUGGUUUUACUGUCUCAACGUGGUCUGUGUGGUUUCUCUAGUGUCUUGUAUUUAAUUUCAUAUUACAAAUAAUCUAAUUUAUGUCUUAAAUUAUAAGCAUUAAAUAUGUCAUUUGUCAUGCAGACAAUGUUAUGCUGAAUUAAUGGCAAGAUUAAGUCUGAAAUGGAAGUUAGUAAAUUAAGACGUUUUUUCAUUAAUUUAUUAUUAAGUCGGUGCUAUAGUGUUUGAAGAUUUAUUUAUAGAUCUUAAAGUAACUUUUACCAGAAAGAACUUUUAUUAUUAAACAUUUUUUAUUUCUUUUAUUUUAUUUUUCUGUUGUCAUACUUCUCACACCACAGUGGAAACCAUUUCUGGUAUCCCAUCUUGAGUGUACAUAUUUUGCUUCGCCAGAGAAAAUGUCUUCAGGUGUAUUAUUUUUCUACUUCUGUAUUUGUUUCGUCUUUUAAGUUUGUUAUUUUGAAAUAUAUCAAAUGCCUUAAUAACACUAUGACCGAGCAAGCUUUGAAAGAAAUGUCCGUCCUGUAUGAUUUGGUGCCACGUUAAAUUUUGAAGAUCAAGAUGGCUGCCACUGUGGGAAUUGUCUUUUCAAAAUUGUGUAAAAAAAAAAAAAGCAUGAGUUUGAGACUGGCGUGUGUGUAUCAUGGUGUGGAAUCAUGCCAAGGAGGGGCAGUUGGUGCUUGAGAAAAAAUAUUAA